AUGGAUAUCGGUAAUGUACAAAAUGUUAGACGCGUAAGAAAUUUAACAAAUGUGCAUUUUAUUAGACAGAGGAAAAUAUAUAAGAUUCGUAAAAAUCCUUACAUCGAACUUACUAAUAAUGAAUUUCGUAAAAAGUAUCGAUUUUCAAAAGCAGAAUGCUUACAAAUCGUAAACGAAAUUCGUGACUUUUUACCUCGAGCAGUUAACAAUCGCGGAAAACCAAUUUCGCCGAGCUUACAAUUUUUGAUUGCACUUCGUUAUUUAGCUAGAGGACAAGUUCAGGACGACAAUGGAGACUUACAUGGUGUUAGUCAACCGACAGUUAGUCGAUGUUUGAGUCAAAUUUGUAGAGCACUAGCAUCAUUAAAAAAUAAUUAUAUUAAGUUUCCAUUGACCAAUGAAGAGUUAGCUUCUAAAAAGGCAGAUUUUCGUAGAAAAUUUAAUAUGCCUUCGAUAAUUGGUGCGAUAGAUUGUACACAUAUACCGGAUAUACGGAUCAAAAAGGUGGCGGGUGACUACGCUCAAUUGUACAUUAAUAGAAAAGGCUUUUAUUCAAUAAAUGUUCAAGUAAUUUGUGAUGCAAAUUGUCAUAUAUUGCAUGUAAUUGCUCGUUGGAGAGGAAGUGCACACGAUUCAAGGAUUUGGAACGAAAGUCUUAUCAAGGAACAAUUUGAAAAUGGAUCAAUAAAUGGUAUCUUACUUGGUGAUAGUGGUUAUGCUUGUACUCCAUAUAUGUUAACACCAAUUCUUAAUCCUCAAAACGAUGUGGAGCGACAAUAA